AUGGAUUUCGUCUACCUCCAUGGCAACAAAUUUGCCUUCCUGAGAAGCGGUCGACACGAGGCCCAGGCCAAGGCCGGGGAAGAGGGGAUUGACUAUCCCCCCUACGCGCAGCCGGACCGGAUUGACCCCAGGUGGCUCAAUAGGACAUUUCGAGAUUAG